GAUGCAACAGACGUUCAAGUAACGUGCUCGAUAAACACUGACGGGCUGCCCCUGAAAACUUUGCGUGGUUUGAGUGUCCAAAUAUGGAACAGAUGAAACAGUGCAGAAAGGACCGGGACAAGUAUAGAAAAGCUUGGAUAAAAAACAGAACAGUGAUCAAUCACUAUCCUGAGGAGUAUAAACUCAGUGUAAAUAGAACACUGAGUGUACUGAAGAUGUCACCAAAGUAUGACGGAGCGGUAUUCCUUUGCAUAGGAGAAAUUGAACACCAUGAAGCGCUAGAGAACACCACAAUUAUUCAAAUAAUCAAAGAGAAGCCCGUUAUUAAGAUAAAAAGUCAAAAACCGUCCUCGGUGAUCGAGGGAUCGACUCUGUACUUAAACUGCGUCGCAACGGGUUUUCCUCGUCCCCGGGUGACCUGGGUUCGAAUUCGUGACGGGCAGGUGCUUCAAAAUCGAACAAACGACGAGGCCACAAGUUUAGUGCGAAAUUUCACCAAAUGUGACGAAGGAGAAUACCGUUGUACAGCCAAAAAUCGUCUGGAAAGUGAUAAUUAUAUACUUCAAGUAAUUGUCAUCAAUAAAAUUCCAAGCUCAGAGGCACCUGACCCUUCAGAUUCGCCUCCCUCAGGUGGAUGCAGCAAAGUGGGUUUUGGCACAGCGAUAAAGAACCCCAUAAUACUCUCGUUGAUAAUUGCCCUGUCGAUGAUUUGCGUUAUUCUUUCAAAUAUGCUGUUAAAGCGUAAAUGUAAGGAUGCCCAAAUUGGACGGAAAUUCCGGAACGCAUGUGGACGGAUGUGCAGAUGGAGAAGGACAGUCUAUGUCGUUUCAGAUACAGAACUUGAGAACAAGGCAGCCCCCUGA